AUUAUUUACAAAAUGUAAUAAAAAUUUGUAAGGUCGAAAAUGAGAAUAAUUUUAGUGUUAUUUUGUUGUUGGACCUGGGCCGGCAAAGGCAAUGGGCCUGGCCCAAACCCAAAACUAUUUGAAGUUUGAAUUGCCCUAUCUGAAAUGCGAUCCCUCUCGUUCUCCCGAGUCCCGCGCUUCAAGCAAUGGUGCGCUGUAGUCUGUUGCAACAGAAUCGCGACCCCUUCAAUGGGAGUCGACUGUAUUUGGAAAAUGACCGGCGGCAGCGGCUGAGAAGCCGGUGAACCACCGAAGGAUAGGAUCCCCUCCGGUAUAAAAUCCCACCGGAGUCCCCAUUCAUCUUCAUCCAUUCCAAACAGCCCUUGGGAGUACCCAAGGAGGCGGCAAUAGUUUCUCAAUAAAGAAAUAAAAAAUAAAAGAAAUAAAGAGGAUAAUGAAAGGCUCGGGCUGCUGUUUGUUCAUUUCUCUUCUUCUUCUCCAAUCUUUUUCGUUUUUCGCUUCGGCUCUUUCCGAUGCCGAAGCGUCGUCCAUUGCCCGCCGCCAGCUUCUAACCUUUCUCGAGACCGAUGAUUUGCCCGACGAUUACGAGUCCACGGUUGUGGUGACUGAAACCUUUCCCAAUUCCAGGCUCCGACGGGCUUUCAUUGCCCUUCAAGCCUGGAAGAGGUCAAUUUACUCCGACCCUUUAAACACCACCGCCAAUUGGGUCGGCGCUGAUGUCUGUUCCUACACCGGAGUUUUCUGUACCUCUGCUCUGGACGACCCCAAUGUCCAAGUCGUGGCCGGAAUUGACCUCAACCAUGCCGACAUUGCCGGUUACCUCCCCGUUGAGCUCGGUCUACUGUCGGACAUCGCAUUGUUUCACAUCAACUCCAACCGAUUCUGCGGCCUUAUCCCGCCGAGCUUCGAGAGGAUGAUUCUCCUUCACGAGCUCGACGUUAGCAACAACAGAUUUGUGGGCCCUUUUCCUGAAGUCGUUUUGAGGAUUCCGAAUUUGAAAUUUCUGGACAUUAGAUUCAACGAUUUCGAAGGGAAAUUGCCUCCUGCCCUUUUCACCAAGGAGCUCGACGCCAUUUUCCUCAAUAACAACAGGUUCACCUCCCACAUUCCUGAGAAUUUCGGCGACUCGCCUGCGUCGGUGAUCGUGAUUGCCAAUAACAACUUCACGGGGUGCAUUCCGACAAGCAUUGGGAAAAUGGGGAACACGUUGAACGAGGUUUUAAUGUUGAACAAUGCGCUUGGUGGUUGCAUCCCUGGUGAGCUUGCUCUGCUUGGAAAUGCGACGGUUUUCGAUGUUUCUUCGAAUCAAUUGAGUGGGAGCUUGCCGAUGAGCUUAGGUGGGUUGAAGAAAGUGGAGAUUAUUGAUGUCUCUUCCAAUAGUUUGACUGGUGUGGUGCAUGGAGGCGUGUGUAAUUUGCCUAAAUUGGCUGUGUUCACAUUCGCUGAUAAUUUGUUUGAUGGCGAAGACAAUAGGUGUGUGCCUCAGAAUAGACAGGAUGUUUGGUUGGAGGAUGCUGACAAUUGUUUGCAAGGGAGGCCUAAGCAAAAACCGGCGGAGACUUGUAGUUCAGAGAUCAGCAAGGCCGUGGAUUGCAGUCGGGUUAAGUGCGGCGGAGGUUUCUCACCACCACCACCCGUAGCCUCACCACCACCACCACCACCCGUUGCCUCACCACCACCACCACCACCCGUUGCCUCACCACCACCACCGCCCGUUGCUUCACCACCACCACCGCCCGUUGCUUCACCCCCACCACCGCCCGUUUUCUCACCACCACCACCCGUAGCCUCACCACCACCACCACCACCCGUUGCCUCACCACCACCACCACCACCCGUUGCCUCACCACCACCACCGCCCGUUGCUUCACCACCACCACCGCCCGUUGCUUCACCCCCACCACCGCCCGUUUUCUCACCACCACCACCCGUAGCCUCACCACCACCACCACCACCCGUUGCCUCACCACCACCACCACCACCCGUUGCCUCACCACCACCACCGCCCGUUGCUUCACCACCACCACCGCCCGUUGCUUCACCCCCACCACCGCCCGUUUUCUCACCACCACCACCCGUAGCCUCACCACCACCACCACCACCCGUUGCCUCACCACCACCACCACCACCCGUUGCCUCACCACCACCACCGCCCGUUGCUUCACCACCACCACCGCCCGUUGCUUCACCCCCACCACCGCCCGUUUUCUCACCACCACCACCCGUAGCCUCACCACCACCACCACCACCCGUUGCCUCACCACCACCACCACCACCCGUUGCCUCACCACCACCACCGCCCGUUGCUUCACCACCACCACCGCCCGUUGCUUCACCCCCACCACCGCCCGUUUUCUCACCACCACCACCCGUAGCCUCACCACCACCACCACCACCCGUUGCCUCACCACCACCACCACCACCCGUUGCCUCACCACCACCACCGCCCGUUGCUUCACCACCACCACCGCCCGUUGCUUCACCCCCACCACCGCCCGUUUUCUCACCACCACCACCCGUAGCCUCACCACCACCACCACCGGUUGCCUCUCCACCACCACCACCGGUUGCCUCUCCACCACCACCACCGGUUGCCUCUCCACCCCCACCACCGGUUGCCUCUCCACCCCCACCACCCGUAGCCUCUCCACCCCCACCACCCGACAUCGUUCUUCCACCAAAUUUGGGCUUCGAGUACUCAUCACCGCCUCCACCAUUGUUCCCAGGCUACUAAAUAAAACGUGACAAAUCAUCGGACUCGCCUCUCUAUUUUAACAUUUUUAUUUCCAUCGUUAUGAGUGUCAACAAAUUAAACUAAAAAAAAAAAAA